AUGACUUUUAAUAAUUGGGAAAUUGACCAAAAAGUUACAGCAGUAGUUACCGACAAUGCAAAAAAUGUGUUGAAUGCAGUUAAUUUACUGGAUAACAUUACAGAAAAGAAUGAUAUAACAUGUGCUGCACAUACAUUACAACUUGCUGUCAAUAAUGCCCUAAAAUAUGAUAAAAUAAAUAAUUUAAUUCAAUUAUGUAGUAAAAUCGUUUGUCAUUUUAAGCAUUCAAAUUUAGCUAGUCAAUAUUUAAAAGAUAAGCAAGAACAAUUAGGUAUGCCAACAGAAAGUUUAAUUCAAAGUUGUAAAACCAGAUUGAAUUCAAUAUUUAUGAUGCUUGAUCGAAUUUAUAAAAAUAGGUGCCCAAUUUCAAAUGUUCUUGCUGAUCGUUCGUUAACUACAGAGGAGAUGGCACACAAAUUUGAAGUAUCAGAGCACCAAUGGACAAAUGUAGAAACACUAAUAAAAUUGCUUAAGCCUCUACAAAUUAUGACCACUGUGUUUUGUGGGGAUAAAUAUUGUUCUAGUUCAAUGGUGAGGCCGCUUCUAAACGCAGUUAUAAAAAAGCAUUUAAAGCAUAAUAUAAGUGAUGACGAAAUAGCUGAAAAUUUUAAAACCAAUGUAAUAAGAGAACUUUCAGACCAUUUUAAAUUACUGUGGACUCCUUCUAGUGUGGUAUCUGCUAGACAAAUAGCGUCUUUCCUCGACCCAAGGUUCAAGGACUUAAAGCAUGAAACAGUUGAUGCAAGAGAGGAAAUUCGAACACAGGUUAAAAAUUUGAUAAAAGAAAUGGCUGAAUUUAAUAGGGAUGUGCAAAUUGAAAUACCUGUAACUAAACAUCACGGUGCUCUUGAAUAUCUGUUCAGUGAUGAAGUAAACUGUAAUAUAGCUGAUUCUGACAUUCAGUAUCAAAAUUAUUUAGCAGAACCACAGUUAAAAUUUGAUUUUGAUGCACUAGAAUGGUGGAAGACACGUACAUCAAAAUAUCCACUAAUUGUUGCUCUGGCAAUGAAAUAUUUAGGGAUACCAGCAACGUCAGUUAGUUCUGAAAGAUGUUUCUCAACCGCUGGAAACAUAGUGACGGCCAAGAAAAGUUUUUUGGCGCCUGAGACUGUAAACAUGCUGAUUUUUCUUUACCAAAACAAACAAUUGUUAUAAAUUCCUAGAUUGUGAGUGAUUACUUUAUUAUUUAUUUGCUAAUUUUUUGUAAUAUAUGCAUCUACUGCUUGUACAUUAAUUUGAUAUUAUUAUUGUUAUUUUUUUAAUUAAUUGAUUAAUUUAUAAAUAUAUAAGUACAUGUUUAUUAUUA